AUGGCUGCCACACACCGCUGCAUCUCCCUGCUGCUCCUGUCCACCUGCGUGGCUCUGCUGCUGCGGCCGCCGCUGGCUGCCCAGGGAGCCCUGCAGGAGCCGGUGUACCCAGGGGACGACGCCCCGCCACAGCAGAUGGCUGAGUACGUGGCCAGUCUCCGCCGAUACAUCAACAUGCUGACCAGGCCCAGGUACGGGAAGAGAGACCAAGUGGACACUCUGGGCUUCUUGGAAUGGGGCCACCCCCACGCAGCUGCAACCAGGGAGCUCAGCCCCACGGACCUGUGA